UUUUGUUUUUGCUCUUUAGAUUAUGGGUUCCAUGAAAGUUUUAUCCUUUAUUGCAGAUGGAUUCUAUAUAUAUUAUCCUAUGUUGGUGGUAAUUCUCUGCAUUGCUACUUACUUUAGUUUGGGAACUCGUUGUUUGAAUCUACUUGGUUUCCAGCAGUUCAUGGGAGAUAAUGAUAUGACAUCAGACUUGGUUGAUGAAGGAAAAGAAUUAAUCAGACGAGAGAAGAGAAAAAGGCAAAGGCAAGAAGAAGGUGAAAAUCGAAGAAGAGAAUGGAAAGAACGUUACGGACACAACAGAGAAGAUUCCACUAGAAACAGAAAUAUUCAUAUUGACCCGAAAGAGUCAAACCUCUCAGAUCUUAGUACCACCCGAUGUAAGUCGUUUGUUUUCUAGUUCCCUUUGAAGUUGUUCUCUUAACGCUUGCUUGCAUGGAGACUGAGAAUUAAGACAUUCAUUCAAAAAGGCUUUUAGAGAACUAUAGAGGUGGUUUUGCAGCGUCUUUCCUUUUUCAUUGCUCAGUGUAUAGAAGGAAAGGGAAACUCGAGUAUGCAUUCUGGUAGGAGAUGGAGAAUUGGGACAGUGCUUGAACAGUUGUAAUUGUACUACCCUAAAUAAUAUCAGUACUUAUCCCAGGUGUGUUUACCUACUAUUUACCUAGAUGGUGUCCUUUACUUUUCUGUUAGUAGAUGUAGGCAAUUCUGUCAUUUUUAUAGCUGUUUCAUGACUGACCCACACGUCAGAUACUUGCCCAGGUAUACAGGGAUCUAGAAAAGAUAAAUUUCCUGUCCUUGGGAUGCCAGUUAAUUUUGUGAGGGACUGAUACCAAGUAGAAGACAUUGGCCAGGGGCGCCUGGGUGGCACAGCGGUUAA